AUGCUGAGCCGUGCUGCAUACCACGCUCACACGCUAUUACUGUUCACAAAGGAUGACUUCCGAACGACUAUGAUCCCCAUCACUAUUUUCGCAGCAGCCUCCGCCCCCCUCUACUCCGCCGUGAAACUCCUGCACGUACUUCUCUGGAUAUGGCUCCACCUCCUCCACUUCAACCUGUCCAACCAAACCAGAGAUGUCUCCGAAGACCUCCUCAACAAACCCAACCGUCCUCUCCCCUCCGGACGGAUAUCUCUAUCCAACGCCGUCGCUAUACGAUGGCUCUUUGUCCCAGUUUGUUGGGCUCUGUCGGCGGCGUAUAGUCCAGCGGUGUUGAUGGCCAGUCUGACGUUGACUUUCUUCGUCAUUGUGUAUAAUGAACUAGGAGCGUCGGGUGGACAUUUUCUCGUGAGGAAUUUGUUGAAUGCGAUUGGAUUGGGAUGUUUCGAGGUUGGGGCGACUUUGAUUGCUGCGAAAGACCCCUCCCACCUCGACUCCACCAUGAUCCUCUCCGUACUCCUGAGCACAAGCAUACUCACUACAACCUAUCACGCCCAAGAUUUCCGCGACAUCCACGGCGAUCGUCUCAUCGGGCGAAAGACUCUUCCUAUCGUCUAUCCCUCCAUCGCCCGUCCCAGCGUCGCAUUCGGCGUUCUAUGGUGGACGGUCGUUCUUUGUUUAGUUUGGGAAUUAUGUCGCGUCGAGAAUAGUCAUAGUGGUGCGAUGGAUGUGAUGAAUGUGAUUCUGGCGGGGUUGUUGGUCGGGGUGGCGGGUGUUGUUGGAGGGAGAUUUUUGUUGUUGAGGGAUGUGAAGGAUGAUAGGGUUUCUUUUCAUUGGUAUAAUGCAUGGCUCACUGUUGUUCAUAUCCUUCCUGGGGUAUGGAGGUGGUCAGAGUCGAGAGGACGGGUUGCAUCGUGA